UUUAUCAUUUUUAGUUUCUUUUUGUUAGCGACCGAAGGAACGUACGGUCAGAUCGUGGUUUAGUUCAGCACUUCGUCGGGUCGAGAUUUGUUGUCAGUGUUAUUUUGGAUAGACCGCAACAGUUUUCGUCGCUCUCACGUAUAUUUAUCGCCGUUCAUGCGGUAGUUUUUAUUAUGUGUUUAUUUAUAUUAACACGUGAAAGCUUAUGGUGUCGCAUCUUUAGUUCUACUUUGCAUGGAAUAGCACGCUUGCACUCUACCAUGGCUUGCUUUUAGAAUAUUUGAAAAAUAUAACAGGAGUUUUUCACGGAUCUUGGUUGAAUUAUGUCUGGCCUUAAAUCGGAGUGCCGAAAAUUUUCUCCAAAUGUGUUUAAUAAAACCAAGUGCCAAAACUGUUUUCGAAUCAAAGAUUCCCACUCAGCUGAAGCAUUGGAAAGUAACAGGGCUUCAAGAAAUGUAUCCAAAUGUGGCUACCUCUUCGUUGCUCCAGACUGGGACUUCAAUGUGUCGGUCAACAGGACAAAGCGAUGGCAGAGAAGAUGGUUUGUUUUAUACGACGAUGGAGAGCUUACAUAUGCUUUAGAUCAAUUUCCGGACACCAUUCCCCAAGGCACAAUUGACAUGAAUAAAGUCCUGGACGUAUCAGACGCGGAAGGCAUCACUGGAAAUGAAUUUGCCAUCUCCAUAACAACACCUGACAAAGUUCAUUUCGUCAAAGGAACCUCCAAAGAAGAGAGCAAAUGGUGGUUCGAUGUCCUCUGCAAAGUGUCACCUCGUUACAUUUCACGUCAAAAACAUAAAAGAAAUGCUACCUUUCCGUGCGGCAAGGCUACAAUACCAACCCCAGCUGUAAUAAAUCAGGAGUAUUGCAGUGAGGAUGACAUGAGGUUAAACACUUUCUCAAGACCCAAGUUCCUGAGCACUUCCGAAAUGAUGCAAGAUUGGAUCCCUGCCACAAACACGGAAGAGGAUGAUGUCUUCUCCUCCAAAGAUCCUUACAUCAAUGGAUCGAAUUCCAACAACAAGAUAAAGAGAGAUGUGGAAGUUCACAAUGCUCUGAACAAACUCAUAUCCCUUCCAGAGGAUACUCUUGAUGAUACUGAGAAGCUGCCAAUAAAUGAAGCCUUUGAAGAGAAAGCACCCAAAGAUUAUUUAUCAGAGCUAGAAGAGAGUGAAAAUCGAAGACGUAACAGAAGAUACCUGAAGCGUGAAAACCGAAUCCAACGCAAUCAGCGCAGUCGUAACGACGGCGUUGCCAAAAUGAUACCAAACAAAAGUGCGAGCAAGAGUACCCUCACAGAUUCUACUAGUUCUAUUUGCAAUCAAACUCCUAACACAUCCGCCAUUGCAGCCGCUGAGAAGUUGGAAUAUCUGGAGUCAAUUCACUCCAAAGAUGAUAAAUCACCUUCAAUUCAAAGAGAUAUUAUCAAAGAAAUAGCAUCUUCUACAGAACUCUCUGCAGCUAAAAAUGGAAAGCAAACUCGAUCCAAAACGAAUCUGCGUAAAUCAGAAUCACUGAAAAAUAUUCCAAUGGAAACUGAAUCCGAAAUAAAGGAUCACGUGUCAGGCCUCAGAAGGUAUCAUUCCUUUAAAGGGUCAUCGUCUCACCGUAGAAUUAAGUCUCCUAGCAGUGGCACUUCUAGUCUCAAAAGAAUAAAGUCAUCCUCUACUGGGCACCCGAAAGCAACUAGUACACCCUUAAGCAUGAAAUCUUCAGUCACCCUGAGUACAUCUCCUAGUACAAGUACAAAUAUCCCUUCCUCAUUAGAUACUUCUUGUGAAAAAACUAAAGAGGGUACAUUCAUGAGAACCGGAUGGCUUAUGCGUCAAACACUCACCAAGGAUUGGUCUAGACAUUGGUUUGUACUAAAAGAUUCUUCGCUCACUUAUUACAGAGAUCCUACAGCUGAACACAGUGGAAUUAUGGAUGGUAUCUUAGAUCUCAACCAAGUCAGCACAAUUAGGGAGCAGGACUCAGACAAGUUUUACGCCAUUAGCCUACGGAUGUGGGAUGGCAAGAAGCAUAUUCUUGCAGCAGAAACGGCUGAGUUUCGAAACAUGUGGAUUCAAGCCCUUCAAUAUGCCGCUAACCUUUGGAGUUCUGCAUCAAAAGAAGAUUUCAUCUGCACAGAGAUAGUUCUGCCGGAACACAGCUUCCAUUAUAACGAUCGCAUGGAGAGGAUUUCAUCGCCAUCUAGUUUGAUAUCUCUGCCGCAUGCAGAAGAAAUUAACCAGGAACAGGAAUAUUCCUCUUAUUCCAGCGACGAUCAGUCAGAAUACUUUUCCCUUGUUGACGAAGAUGAGGUCAGCGAUCUUUCUUCCUCUCCUCGCACUCUACCCCCUUCACCUCCUAUAAACCGAAAUGUUAUAUCUUUGGUUAAAGAGAAAUCCAGAACACGAGGCAUUUGCGGCUCAAAAUCUAAUUCACUUCCUAAUAGUUCGACAGACACUACAUAUGAUGAUGAUUCAUAUAAUAAAAGUGCAGAAAAUCAAGAUAUCGGUCACAAGGCGAAUGAACAAUUGGAUACUCAUACUAAAGAAAUAGUAGUCGAGUUUCUUGAAGACCAGUUGUUAUUAAAUGGUGAAGAGAGGCCUGUAUCUCCCAUAACACCACCUGUUGAAUUUAUGAAUGGGUCUGAUAAUGAAUCACCUCUACAAAAGAAAGCACUGGCAUCAAAUCAAAUCAAAAAUAAAGAGUGCAGAAACUCAAGUGCUCGAAAAAACCAGAUUAGCAAUCUGGAUUCUAAAGAAAAACUAUUGGGAGAAUGUAGCAUGUGUUUAAUAAUGAGGUCAAAGUUGAUUACUGCUCAAGAAGAAAUACGAAAAUUGGAAAAGGAACUCAAAGAAGCGCAUGCAAAUUUUGAUAAUUUAGAAAUGUUUUCUUAUAAGCUCACCCAGGAUAUAAAAUUGAAAGAGGAUAGUUACAGUUCUCAAAUAGCUUUGAUGACAGCCAAAAUUGACGAUCUAACGUCAAAGUUCACCUUUGCGGAAAAGAACUAUCGCCAAUUGAAGCAAAAAGCUGCCAAAAGUGAAACCAAAGAACGAAGGAGGAGUUCCCUUAAAAAUAGAGAUGGUUUAUCGUUAACUAAGGAGUACGAAACGAAACUCUGUGAGUUGGAAAAGAAAAUGAAUUCCUUCGAAACCUCUUUCAAAAGAGAACCUUUUGAUGAAGAAGGAUCCGAGAUAUCAUUCUCAGAUUGCAAUUCUAGAUUAAACGAAUCUUUUGUUGCAACUUCAGAAUCCUCAGAAACGAAUACUCCUUCAGAGACUACACCUAGCGAAGGCAGAGGCUUUUUUUCUCGCUUGCAAACUCUUAUGUCUAAAGUCGACAAUGUAAACACUUUAUUUUCGACUAAAGAUGACUCCGAACAAAUUCUUGAAAGUCCAAAGAUUCUUCUGCAGGUGAAAAGCAGUGACGAACUUAGUUCACUUGAUGAAUCCGAUGAGUGGCACACGCAGUCACCGACAGACACUCAUGUCAUCUCUAAAACUUCGGAUCAGAAUACUUAUUUUCCUAAAAAUCUGUCCGAAUGCCAAAAUAUGCUUUCGCAAAAACUAAAUAGUCACUUAGAAUGGUUAAAGAAUUCUCUAACAGCCUUGUGUGAGAAUAAAAAUAACAUUACUGACAGUCAUACUGAUAAACUUAGUCUUGUAAAUAAUUUAGUAUCAGAACUAAAUGAGCUUCCCCAAGAAAUCGAAUCAAAUUUGCUAUCAGAACAAAAGUCUCUUUUGUUAUUUGAAAUAACUAAGGCUCUCGAAAAAAUCAACAGAACUGAUAGUUUGGAAACGCUGUUAAAAUUAAAUGCUACAAAGAGCACUUAUAAAACGAUAUUUCAAACUUUUUGCAUUGCUUUCGCAGAAUAUGGCAACAACGAACUACCUGUGACAUUAAUAUCGGGUAUUCCCCAAUUUGACUAUUUCUGCCCUACUAUUGCUAAGCUAUUUCCUGAAACUUUUAGAGAUACCAUAUCAGCUGAUGAUUUAACUCAGAGACUUCAAUCAGUGUCAGACAAGUUAGAAAAUCACGUGGCUUCAAUAAACCGAGCUAAACUUUUAAAAUAUGAACACUUAUGGAAUAUACUGACUGAAGUUCCGGUACAAGACGACCACAUAAAGAAACCACCUGAAAUAAACUCUAUGUUUAAUUACAUUACAUCAAUCGCGACCGACAUUCAUAGGAUUGCUGAAAUUCAGCUUUGCCAAGUGCCAAAGGAAUUGUCGAAUUCCACGCUGGAAUGUGAAGAUGAACAACAAUUACGCGAUGUGUUCGUUAAUACCCUCAAAAACAACUUAACGAACUUCUUAAAAGAAGUUAAGGAAAAAUGUCCAAUGGUUAAUGAAAGCACCAUAUCGUUCUAUAAACUGAAAGAGAGCACUCGCAUUAGCAUUAUACGGUUAAUUGCAGAAUUGUCUUUUCUAGAUAUUUGCCAUACAAUGCUAAGUUUUUUGGCAGAAUAUUACCUGAAAAUUGAUCAAAAUAAUCAAGAAUUGUAUCAGUCAGACUUGUAUAGACAAGAUAGGUUGCUCCCUCUCUUUGCGAAUGGUAUGCCAUGCGAAAUUUUCGGAGAUACGUUCUGCUGUCCUCAGUGUACAAUUCUGAACAAUUUAUUGUAUAAAUCAAACGAGCAAAUACAGUGGCUGGAUUUCGUCAGAAAGUACAAUUAUUACAAUUUUAGAAAAUUCGAUAAAUGUUCUACGUCAAAUAAUGAAGAAGGUUCGAUAAAUUUCUGUGCCAAUUGUGAUAGUAAUAAUUUUCCAAAUAGUCAAGCUAAAAGCCAAAAAGACGUAUGCAAUAACGUAACCUGUACGCAGUGUGACAGCUGGAUACAGAAAUUUUGCACCUCAGAAAAACAACACGAGCUGGAACAACGAACGUUAGAGUUGAAGCAUAACUCGGAGUUGAAACAGCUGGAAGAGUGUAUAAUAAAAAGUAGCGAGAUCCACGAACAGGAAAUGUUGCAAAAACAAAAUGAAUUGUUAGCUGCCACAACACAAUUUCAACGUUUAAAAGCAGAUUACGAAGAGCAAAAACGAAUGUUGAAAAAAUUUUAUGAAGAAAAAUUGAAUUUUGAAUGUGAAAAUAUCGAAGAUGAGUGCAUAAAAGAAACAUACCGUUCAGAAAUAGAAGAUCUGAAAGUAAGUGAUCUUGAGGACAUGUUUAAGCAAGGUCUGAUAGCUAUAGAAAAUUCACAUAACCGCAUUACCUCAGAAAUGCAGAAGAGGCAUAAUGAAGAACUAGCUUUACUUGAAGCAGAGAAAGAAAAGGCCUUAGAAAUAGAAGCACAAGCCACAUUAACAGCUUUAGAAGCCAUUAAAAAGUCUCACGCCCAACAAUUAUCAGAGGAGACUGCAUUAAUCAGAGAAGAACUUGUCUGUAGAUUUCAAAAGGAAGAAAAUGAAAAUGUUUACAGUAAAUACUCAGAUGAACUGGAAAAACUGAAAACUGAAAUAUUGAAAAUAACUGAGUUGUAUUCAUCAAAAUGUCUUGAAAACGUUGCACUGGAAGAAAAAGUUAAUUCCCUGCGGCAGCAGCUUAAAGAGGCACAUAAUGAGCUUUGUAGUCUAAUCUCUAAAAACAGAGAAAUCAACAUAAGCCUUUGCGAAGAAGUAGAGGCUUAAACUAUUUCCAAAGCCUAGUUUAUGUUAGUUCGUUUUCAUUUAAAAAAUUUUUGCUACUGUUUGCUAAGGAGCACCUGUGUCAUAAUCUGCAAAUGUAUAGCUUUAUCAUUCGUUCGUAUUCCAGAACUCAAGAGUUUAUUGUACAAAAUUUGUUUUAUACGAAAAUUAAACAUUUAAUAUAUUU